ACGUCGCUGCCCACUCACACUAAGCCAUCGGAUACGUGCCAUUACUAACAAUAAAAGCCGCUCGCACUACAAAAUUAAUCAGUUCGGUGUGCCCUCUUUGACUUUGUGAACAUCGCCUGCAAGCAUCAAUUGACAAGACGCGCAGCACAGCUGACAACUACACUAAAGACACUAUCAACAACAUGCCCGUGACUUUGGAGGAGGAAAUCUUCGGACUGGCCGUCAAUCCGUACACCAAGGCCCCGGAAAUGGUGCGUCGUUAUACGCUAACCAACUCCAACCAAAUGUCUGUGUCAGUGUUAACGCUUGGCGCGAUUAUCCAAAGUGUACGCAUGCCAGAUGCGUUUCAGAAGGUCGAUGAUGUUUGUCUCGGCUUUGAUGAUAUAGCUAGUUAUAUAUCCACACGAGCUGCCUACUUCGGUGGCACCUUGGGUCGCGUCGCGAAUCGUGUAGCCAAUGGCGAGUUCAUGAUUGGUGACAAAAAAAUUGAGGUUACCAAAAACUUCCAGAACACGUUUCAGCUGCACGGCGGUUUCAUUGGAUUUGAUAGCGUCAUUUGGGAAGUCGUACGCAAGUCCGAAGAUCGCCUAACCUUUCGCCAUGUAUCGCCGGAUGGGGAUGAGGGCUAUCCGGGCAAACUUACCACGCUAAUACACUACUGGUUGGACAAUCAGAACCGUUUUGGGGUGAUUUUCGAAGCAUCGACGGAUAAGCCGACGGCAGUGAAUUUGUCCAACCAUGCCUAUUUUAAUUUGGCUGGGCAUGCAGCUGGCCCCAAAGCUUUGGCCGAGCACACUGUGGAGAUCAUUUCUGAAAAGAUUAUCGACACGGAUGAGGCGCAGAUACCAACAGGGAAAUUCCUGCCCGUAGACGACACAGUAUUCGAUCUGCGCCUGCCUGUUCUAAUGGGCGAUCGCCUCAAGCAAUUCGAAGAUCGUCCAAUUAAGGGUUAUGACAAUUGUUUUGUUGUGAACAGUGAUCCGGACGUAAAGGGAAUAAAUAUGGUGGCUAAGGUACUACAUCCUCCGAGCGGACGCGCCCUAUUAAUCUGGACCAAUCAGCCGGGAGUGCAAUUCUAUACGGCCAACAAUUUGCCGGAUGAGUCGCGUGGCGAUAAUCCUGUAAUUGGCAAGGGCUGUACACAUUAUGUGAAGCAUGGCUCCUUCUGUUUAGAAACAGAGAAGUACCCCGAUUCUAUGAACCAUCCGGAGUUCCCAUCGGUAUUUCUGAGUCCGGGCGAAAAGUAUGUACAUGAGGUUGUAUACGAAUUUAGAGUCGAAGAGUCAUGGAAGUGUUGUUGCGACACCAAAAAUAUAAAUAAAUAAAGCUGGAAAAUUUAAUUGCAA